CAUUAUCACCACCAGCAUCAUCAAUCUAACGGGCAAUAACCCAAACAACAGUGUCGCUAAACAGCAACCAAUGCACAUGUGAGAGAGCAGCGACCCCGGUGGCAAUGGACACGGCCGCCGUGCACCACUGGCUCUCGUCCAUCCCAACACCCACAAAGACCCGACACCAACACCCACAGCAACAUCCUCCGCCCUCCAAGAAACGGGCCCGCGGUCUCGUCUCGCCGCCAAUGUCGACAGAUCGCGACAGCUCCCCCCCCAAGCGGCGCCGCCAGGCCGACAACAGCGUCGACAACCGCGACGACCCGUUCUACGACGACCAAGCAGGCGCAUUCCAAGAAGAGGCCACUCCACGCCCGGCCAGGUCCUUGCGCCUCUCGGCCAACGACGCACCCUCGAUUGCCAGCUCGGCCUCGUCCGCCUCGCACACAACCUCGCGCUCCAGCUCGCCGCGGAAGCAGCUCGCCGGCCUGCGCACCCUCCCGGCAGCCCAGGGCGGCGCAGAGGUGUGCACCCUCGACAUUGAAGACGACCGCAUGCCCGCAGACCUCGCCGACCUCGUCCUCGCGCUCCAGUCCCGAUCGCCGCUGCUCUGUGACUCGAUGCGCGACCAGGUCCAAGCCCACUACAGAGACACGAGAGCUGCCCGUCAGUGGCGCGAUCCGUCCCUCUUUGCGCCAGAGCGCAGGUCGCUGGGCCACACACCACAACCCGCUUUCGCCGACGAUAUUGUCCGCCAGGCCCGAGAGUGCGACCGGUACAUGCUCGACGAGGCGGCCUGGUCCAGCAUGGUGUACUACCCCUUGCUGAGAGAGAUAUUUGCGGCUACAAGGUCGUCCCAAGGCAAGAACGACAACGGGGACGCAACCACGAGUGCACAGCUUCUCGCAGACUUCGCCGUCGUCCCGUGCUCGUCGGCCUCCAUCAUCCCACGGUACCGCAUGCUCGCAACGCCCUUUAAGAAGGUGGACUUUGCGGUAGCGUACCAUCCGCGGGAGGAGCACAUCAACAGAGAAGCCGCCCCACCGAGUGCUCCACGGCACGACAAGCUCAAGACGCUCAUGCAGUCCACGCCUUCUCCAGACCAGAGUCUCAACCACACCAGUUAUCCGGGCCUGUGCGACCGGCCGGUGGUCCUGUCGAUCGAGGUCAAGCGCACCAACGACAGCGCCGACACGGCCAAGCUGCAGCUGCUCACCUGGCUCAGCGCCCAAUGGAACAAGAUGGACGAGCUGUGCCCCGAUGCCUUGGAAUCGUCGUCGUUGUCGUCGUCGUCGUCAUCGCCAGCCGAGCCAACGAAGCCGACAUAUCUGCUUGCACUCCUGAUACAAGGGCAUGACUGGAGCUUGGUGGCGUCCUCGAGGGAACCCAAGGGAAAGAGAGUGAUAUUAUGGCACAAAUUGCCCAUAGGAGACACGCAGACGGCAAUGGGCGUUUACAAGAUUGUCCAGCAAGUCCAGCAGCUUGCAUCUAUCGCCAUGGUCCCGUACUGCAGGUGGUUCCAAGCUCUUGGGGGAUGAAGCACCAUUCGAGAGAGGAAAUGAUUGAUCGCUUGAUCUCUCCAUAUUUACACUCGAUCCCACUUCGCAUGUGCUCCACGC